CUCCUAUUAAUAUAACCUGUAGCGUAAACCCUAAACCCAAGCCUCCUCUUCUCCUUAAACCCUAAAUUAUCUACCUCUGCGAAAAUGGCUGUCACUAACAUCAUCAGAAGGACUGCUUCUCAAGUUGUACCCUUGGCUGCUCGGAUGAUCUGUAGAACACAGAGUUACCAUAAUCUAUCCUCUGCUCUCUUAUCCACCGUAGUUAACCGUAGUGCUGCUUCUAGAAACUUCUUUCGGAGCUCAGCACCGUCCACCCUUCAUUUCUAUUCUACCAAGAGGCCCAGUUCUGAUGAAUCACUCCUCAAAGUCCUUCAGUCCGAAAUCCAAUGUGUUGAGGAAUCCGACGUACAAGACGAGGUUGACGAGGCUCCUGAGGGUUUCCCCUUCGAGAUUGAAGAUCAUCCUGGACAACAAACUAUAACAUUGACAAGAGAGUAUCAAGGUGAAUCUAUUAAUGUCGAAGUUCACAUGCCCGACCUUGUUACUGGUGAUGAAGAUGAGAAUGACAACGAUCGUGACCACCCUGAUAACGAAGGGGCCAAUCAGUCCCAAAUUCCUCUAGUUGUUAGGGUGUCUAAGAAGAAUGGGCCAUCUUUGGAGUUUGGUAUCACAUCUUUUGCUGAUGAGAUUGCUAUUGACACUUUGUCAAUCAAAGAUCCUAAUGUUGCUGAGGAUCAGAUUGCUUAUGAAGGACCUGAUUUCACGGAUUUGGAUGAGAACCUCCAAAAGGCUUUCCACAAGUAUCUGGAGAUUAGGGGUAUCAAGCCCAGCACAACCAACUUCUUGCAUGAGUACAUGAUCAACAAGGAUGGCAGAGAAUACAAGAUGUGGCUUAAGAAUCUGAAGAAAUUCAUUGAGGCGUAGGUUCGCAUAAGUUUUUAUUGAUGUUUAUGUUUUAG